AUGGACUACAGCACAUCCAUACACGAUGCAGAGCACGCUGCCGAGGCGUCGCCAUGGGGAUCACCCAGCGCAUCUCCCCAGCAUAAUCGCACAAACUUCGCCGCCAGUAUCGCCGCCGCCGACCCCCCCGCCUCCCCGUUUCGCUACCCGUCCCAGACCUCGGGCGGCCACCUCCACUCCGAGCACGACGACGGCGGGUUUGGUGUAGGUGACAGCGAGAGCCGCCGCCCAGACACGGCUAGCACCAUCUCCGGCGCCGACCCCUUUACCGCGUCCACAAUGUCCGACGAUUCUGCCCUGCCUGCCCACCAGAGUUCCCGACCUCAGGUCUUUUCAACAAGGCAGCAGGCGCCGCUACCUCAAGGACCGCCGGAACAGGUCGGGAAGCCCGCUGGGGACUACGAGCCCCAAUCACGAGACCAGCGGCAGAACCAUCAACCGCAGCAGCAGCAGCAACAACAACAACAACAACAGCAGCAGGUCCGGAGACCGACGCAACCGCAGUACAAGCUGCAGGCUAAGAUUACUGGGCUUGAACGUACCGGGCGCAAGGAUCCAAUCCUGAGAUUCGAUGUUCACACAAACCUGCCAAGCUUCCGGACGACCCAAUAUCGCGAUGUCCGCCGUCUACACUCAGAAUUUAUCAAGUUGGCCGAGCACCUCAUCUCGGCAAACCCCGAGGCCCUGGUCCCCGCCGUACCGCCGGCGCUGACGUCGGCCGGCGCAGGUACCGACGAGGACGAGGCCAGGGUCAAAGCCUUGCUGCAACGCUGGUUCAACUAUGUCUGCGGCAACGAAGUUCUUAUGAGGGACGAUGAAAUGGUGCUGUUCGUCGAAAGCGACUUUGGCUACAGUCCCAUGGUAAAAAAAAAGCAGCCUGCCACCGGCGUGCGCCGGAAGAUCCUCAAGCAGUUUGCCCCGCCUCCCGAUGACACACCCGAGCUCGCCCAAGCGCGCCCCAUCGUCAAGCUUUUCUACCUGGGUGCCAUGGAUGCCGGGCACAAGGUAGACAAGCUCGUCAAAUCGCGGAGAGGGCUGGGCCUCGCCGAGUCCGAAUUUGGCGUCAAGCUCGGGAGCAUGAAUGUGCAAGAGCUGCACCAGGGCCUCGCCAAUGCCUACCGCAAGCUCGGCAAGGUGGUUCAAACGGUUGGUGACUGCCAUGCCGCCCAGGCCACGGCCGAGGCGACGACUAUUGGGGAUCCGUUCCAGUACCACUCGCAGGACGCCUUCAUUGUCAAGGAAACCCUGACAAACCGGCAAAUUCUUAUCCGCGAGUUCCUUCAGGCCCAGGAGAAUACGCGGAGCAAGCUCAAUGCCGCCGACCGCCUCAAGGCCAGCUCCAACGUGCGCCGCGAGAAGGUGGACGAGGCGAUUGCGAGCCUGGACGAGGCGCGCCACAACGAGAGCGCCCUCUUCCAAAAGACGACGCGCGUCACGCAGAACCUCGUUUACGAGCGCCGUAAGUGGUUCGCCCGCACUGCCGCCGACCUCCGCCUGACCAUCCGCGAGUACGUGCUGCGCGAGAUCGAUGCCGAGCGCCGCACCCUGGCCCUGCUCGAGAGCGUCCGCCCCGACAUCCGCUCCAUCGACGCCAGCGGCGGCCUGAGCCGUCUCGGCCGCGAGAGCCACCCGCCCACGCGCCGCACCAGCCUCGCCGCGUCGCAGGGCCCCAAGGGAGACGCCUGGAGCGGCGUCCCCCGCCGCACCGACACGGUCAACCGCAGUAUAUCGGGCAGCCUCGCCGGCCUGGCGGACGACGAGGGAGCUGAGGCAGAGGAGGGCGACCAGAGCGGGCGCGCGAGGGCCACCAGUGGUGCACGCGCUGGGGGUCUGCCCGGCCUUGCCGAGGAAGAUGACGAGGACCGCAUCGACGCCAGGAACGCGGCCAGUCGGUUGGCCACCAGCACCUUCUAG